GGCUGUUUGCGUCACAGUCUCUGACCUCAAUUUUUCGGGCUAUGUUUUUGUGAGCGAAACAGGGGCUGGCGGCGCCAUAUUGAAAGAAGGAAUUUGUUUCAUAAAACGCUUAAACCAUCAAAUUUAUCACGAUGUUGUACCUGGAGGACUAUCUCGAAAUGAUCGAGCAGCUACCCAUGGAUCUCCGCGACAGGUUUACGGAAAUGAGGGAGAUGGACCUGCAGGUUCAGAAUGCCACAGAUCAGCUGGAGCAGAAGGUGAUUGAGUUCUUCGUCAAUGCAAAGAAGAACAAACCAGAGUGGAGAGAAGAGCAGAUGGAGGUCAUUAAAAAGGAUUAUUAUAAAGCUUUGGAAGACGCAGAUGAGAAAGUCCAGCUGGCCAAUCAGAUUUAUGAUCUGGUGGACCGUCAUCUGCGUAAACUGGACCAGGAACUGGCCAAGUUCAAGAUGGAGCUGGAGGCCGACAACGCCGGCAUCACCGAGAUCCUGGAGAGGCGGUCUUUAGAGAUGGACAGUCCAUCUCAACCAGUCAACAACCACCACAUCCACUCUCACACCACGACUGAGAAGAGGAAGUACAGCACUCCAGCUCACCACACGACAGAACAUGUUCCAGAGAAGAAGUUCAAGUCUGAAGCUCUGCUGUCCACGCUCACAUCAGACGCCUCCAAGGAGAACACUCCAGGCUGUCGUACCAACAGCACGUCCUCGUCCACCAACAACGUGUACAGCGUCAACUCGUCUCAGCCUCUGGCCUCCUACAACCUGAGCUCGCUGCCCGCGGGGCCCGGGGCCGGAGCGGGGGCCAUCACCAUGGCUGCUGCUCAGGCCGUACAGGCCACGGCGCAGAUGAAGGAGGGCCGCAGGACGUCCAGUCUCAAGGCGAGCUACGAGGCCAUCAAGAACAAUGACUUCCAGCUGGGCCGAGAGUUCGCCCUGUCCCGGGACAACACCGGAUACUCCUCCUCCGCUCUGGCCUCCACCCUCACCCAGACCCUCACCCCCACCACCGCCUCUGACACCAGGGGGCGCAAGUCCAAAAGCGGCAUCAAGUCUUCCAACCACCAGUCGUCUUCGUCGUCCUCCUCUUCCUCUCUGUCGUCGUGCUCUUCGUCGUCGGCGCUGGCUCAGGAGCUCUCCCAGCAGGCCUCGGCGCUGCCCGAGGUCGAGGCCAACAGCCAGGUGGACUGGACCUACGACCCCAACGAGCCCCGAUACUGCAUCUGUAACCAGGUGUCUUAUGGAGAGAUGGUGGGCUGUGACAACACAGACUGUCCCAUCGAGUGGUUCCACUACGGCUGCGUCGGUCUGACCGAGGCUCCGAAGGGGAAGUGGUACUGUCCUCAGUGCACGGCCGCCAUGAAGAGGAGGGGCAGUCGCCACAAAUAGACCCACCGCCGUCUGCCGCCAUCGUCCACACAACACAACACCCGACGCCCUGCGGCCGGCGGAGGUCAGAGGUCAACCCGUCGCUCCGACCACGCUGAGGUUUAAAACUCUUUGUGCCAACAGAAAUGAUUCAACCAUCGAACAACUCGAAGAAACAUCAUCAUCUGACGUCUGUAAUCUCACAUCAUGUCAUCGUCUGGUCUGAACCCCCCAAAACUACAAGAUUCUGUUCUUCAUCCUGACUUCCUGCCACCAGACGAUGGUCAGGUGUCUGGAGAUGGAACCAGGUUCCUGUCAGUUCUACGCUGAAGGAAAAGUCACGUUUCACUGUCGCUCGUCCUCUGAACGUCCUCGCGUCUCAAAGUGUCUGCAAGGAAAGAGCCGGACCUCGUGAUGAACCGAGGAUCUGGACUGUCAAAGACAGACACGACUGAAACAUUUUGUCUCCAAACAAGAAACCUGGACCCAAAAUCAUCUCGAACCUCUGAUCCGUUUAUUGACUCUGUGCUGUGAAACAAACUGGAUCAGAUCUGUUGACGACGCACAGGCCUCACCUGGCCAGGUGGGAGGUGAGAGGAGGAAGAGCAGAGAGGAGGAAGACGACGUCACCAGAAAACCAGUUCAGUCAUGAGAUUCAUCUGAAAAAGUCAGAUGAAGAAGAGUUCUGCCUUCAGAUGAAGAAACUGCAAACAAACAAUUCAUCAUUUCCCCCUGAAAUAAAGUCCGGAGUGUAAAGUGUGAGCAGGAUCAGCCUGAGGGGGGGGGGGACUGACUUCAAACAGUUAAACAUGUGACAUAAUUCACACUUUUGUCCUCGUAGUCGUGACUUAAACGUAGAAACGGUGGAUUUAAUUUAAAUUAACUGAAAAGCCUGUGGCCGAGCUUCUCCUGUGUGUGUGUGUGUGUGUGUGUGUGUGUGUGUGUGUGUGUGUGUGUGUGUGUGUGUGUGUGUGUGUGUGUGUGUGUGUGCG